UAUUUUUGCUUGUCUUGUGGUUACCACAACAAAUCGAGUACAACGUUGCUAGGCACAUAAAGUUUCACCGCAGUCAUAAUUUCAAUGCAGUCAAUGGAAAAUCGUAGAUAUUCUCGUGAUAACAAGCGAAAAUCUUCAAACGAUAGUCAUCAAUUAGACAUAAUAAGUGAUUAUCAAGUUGAAGAUCUUGAUGAAUCAUCAGCCUCGGAUACAUCAAAUAAAAUUCAUAAAAAAAUAAAAAAAAUACCAUUAACAAGAUCAAAAACAACAUAUGACAACGUUAAUAAAAUAAUAAAUAAAAAAAUUGAUAAUGAUGAAGAAGACACUGAUGAAAACGUGGAAUCAUUCAGAGGAAAUUUUACUUAUACAGAAGAAAAAUCAGACGAAAAUACUUCCGAUAAUGUUGAUAUCAAAAAAUCAAACAAAAAAAAUUUACAAAUUUUGGAUAAAAAAAAAAAAUGUAGAAGGACAAAAAGACAAAAAUUACAAGAUGACAAUAUUACAACGAUUAGAAAAAACAGUGAAGAAAACAUUGAUAAAAAUAGGUAUACUAUGAAUAAACGUCAUUCAUCAUCAUCAAAAAAUAAUGACAGUAGUGAUCGUAGUGUUCGUAGAUCAAAAAAGAAAAAAAAACAAACAAAAGAAGGUGGUGGUGGUGAUGAUGGUGUUGUUGAAGAUGAUGAUGAUGUUGAUCAACAUGAAGAACUGCCAAUAACUGAAAUAUUAAGAAAAGCUCAAGAAAAUUCACGAAUCCAGUAUGAAGAACCAACACCACUUCCUCAAUUAACAACAGACACAAUUUAUAUUCAAGGUAGAAAUGGUUUUAGUUCAUUUAAAAUACCAAAUAAUACAAAUAAAAAAAGACAUGAUCCAACAUCAUCACUUGAACCAGUUACAUAUCCAAUUGAAGUUGCAAUAUUUACACAAAAAAUAUGGAAAAAUUUUGGACUUGUUUGUCAAGGUUUACUUGCUGGAAUUUCACUGAUGCAUUUUUUACUUAUUCAAAAAUUUUUUAAAUUUAACUUGGCAUUUUACAAUGAUUAUUCAGCUGUAUCAGAAAUUUAUACAAAUUUAUUUUCAUUGUUAAUUUUAAUAUGCAUCAUUUCUGCUUUUGACAAAUAUGAUCUUGCUCACUUGAACUUGACUCACUUCAAUGAAAUUUAUGAUAAUCAUUCAAAAUCAAUAAUUGCUGUUCCACUUUAUGUUGUUGUUUUUUUUCUGCAUCAAAUUAAUUUGGCUCUUGAUGAUAAAUUGUCAAUCAUUAGUUAUACAACAAAUGAAGCAAAUAAUCAGACUAUGAAAGUGUGGAGUAUAACAGCUGGAGAAAUCGAAACCUGGAAAACUUUGACAUUGACGAAAAAUGGUAUUUCAGUGUUGGCAUGGUUAUUCAUUUCACUUGGUCCAGAAAAAGACAUGCUAUUGUCUCAUCUUCAGUCUUUAAAAAAAUACAUUGACAAUAAUAAUUAAGCUGAAACAAAAAAACCUAUAUAUUAAUUUAAUAGUUAG